AUGUCCGCCAGAAAGAUCCAGUCGACCCCGUGGAGAAGGAAAGCCUGUACCGCCUGUACUAAGGCGAAGCGACGGUGCAACAAAGCCUCACCUGCCUGCCGGCGAUGCCGGGAAAUGGGAGGAGCAUGUGUCUAUCCCCUGACCAAACAACUCUCCACGCCUGGCGACGCUGUCAAUGACCUGCCAACAAACCUCGCUUAUGACGAUGUCAAUGCGCUUUUCGAAAGCACCGAAUCAUCACAAGCAGACGUGGAACUUUGGGAUAGCCUUACUCCUGCAGGUUCAUCUGUGGCAGAUGUUGGAAUCUUGCCCCAAACAAGCGACAAUUCUUCAAAUUUGAGGGCUCCUCAACCCCUUCCGCGUAGCGAUAACCCUGUCUGGUUUCUCGCUCCAGGAAGUUUCUCUGUCAGGUACUCUUCCGAUCAUGCCGCGACAAGCAGGCUCAUCACCUCCAGAGUCCUCAAACAUACCGCCAAAGAGCUGUCAGAGAUCUGGCCCAAGAUGUGGGUGUCAAGGGGAGAGACUCCGUUUAUCCAUCGGUCAUUAUACCAGUGCAAGAUGCCCGACUGCAUUCGAGAUGCGUACACGGCCAUUGCUACCUACUACUCUCGCACUACUGAGACCGAAGACAUGGUGGCCCGGAUUCUUGACGACCGCGCGUCACGACUUAUCGAAGAUCAGGUGUUCGCCGACUCUUUCGGUUCCCUUGGAGUCCUUGAUCAUCUCGCUCGGUCACAGGCCCUGUACAUGUAUCAAGCUGUUCGCUUAUUCAACGGAGACAUUCAAAAUCGCGCUCGUGCCGAGGACGCUUUGACGGUCUUGAUAGACUGGGUCACCCAAAUGCUACAAGUUGCGACGGACGAGUUUGGGAAUGGCUUCCAGAGCAGGACUAGUUCUGCCCUGGGAGAGAUCAGUAGCAACAACGCGCUGAUGCUGAGCUGGAGGAUGUGGGUCGUCACAGAGAGUGUCCGGCGGACCUUCCUCGCUGCCAAGAUCCUCGUCGGCGUCUACCUGACCAUCCGUGAUGGCUGCUGCGAAUGCGCCGGAAGCACUUAUUUUACAUCUCGCAAGAGUCUCUGGGAUGCUCCGUCCGCGUAUGUGUGGUCCAAGAUUUGCCAGGAUAACGGCCCCUUGUUCGUCGAGCUGGCGACCUCAGACAUCUUGUUCACUCGAGCCAGGCCCGCUGAAAUCGACGAGUUCUGUCGGCUGGCAAUGUCAGUCACCUUCGGACUUGAGGCUGUAGAGGCUUGGCAUGGAGAAUUGGCUGCUGCAACGCGGCCGCCAUUGGAUUGA